AUGGCAGGCGACCAUAUCGCACCGACCCUUCGACCCGACGACUACGAGGAUCCGAAGGUCGAACACGUAAGGCAGCGAACCUUGGGCAACGUGCGCCUCCGCCAUCACGAGACAAACGAGACCAUCCUCAUCCCAACACCAUCCAACGAUCCCAAUGACCCCCUGAACUGGCCACAAUGGUACAAGAAGUGCAUCGCGGUUCUCGUCUGCGUGGCGAUCCUCAUGUGCAAUUUCCUGGCAGCAGGACCGACGGUCACCAUCGUCAAUACGACCUUGGACUUCUUCCCAGCCUCGCCUCCCACCGUCGAUCCUGCGGGCUUCAGCGCCAAUAUCUCCAAGGUCGCAUACUUUUUCAGCACGACGGCGCUACUCCAGGGAACCGGGAACUUCAUAUGGGUUCCUCUUGCGAACAAAUACGGCCGCCGUCCUGUUUAUGUGGCUAGCUAUUCUGCCCUCAGACACAAAGCGCUGACUAUUUCUCUGAAGACUCUGUACCUCGCGACCGCCAUCUGGGCGAUACUCGAUCAUUCCUAUUCCGGUUUCUUGGCUGGGCGUAUCCUCAUGGGCUUUGCCUCUGGGGCAGCGGAGACCAUUGCACCUGUGACCAUCUCAGACCUGUUUUUCCUCCACGAGCGUGGCUCUAUUAUGGCCCUUUACACGUCGUUCCUUCUCAUCACUAUCAACAACCCCUGGCGUGUCAUUUAUGAGGUUGCGGCAGCCAUCAUCGGGUUCAUCCUCCUCGUCGCGUUCUUUGCCUUCCCAGAGACAGCAUUCGUCCGCGACGAAACAGCUGUCCUUCAUGCCCAGCCUCUACAGCGGCUGCCAAGCGGUCACGACUCCGAGAAGACUCACCAGACGGCAGACCGUGUCUCGGACAUUGAGGCUGCGUCUCACUCUCCGCAAACCCCUGCCAAGAAGAAGAAGGCAUACUUGCAGAGCCUCAGCCUUUACAACGGGGUAUUCACUUCGGAGCCCCUCUACAAGAUCUUUGUGCGCCCCUUCGGGCUCAUCCUCCUGCCCCCUGUGCUCUGGGCGGCCCUUGUGGAGUCUGUGACCAUCGGCUUCCUCGUCGCCGUCACUUCAAACGUCGACCCUGCCUUCUUGGCCACGUACAACUUCGAAGCCUGGCAGGUCGGUUUGUGUUUUAUUUCUGCCUGUAUCGGCUCCGCGGUCGGAAUCCCCGCCGGCGGAAAGCUCGGCGACGUGGUAGCGGACUAUUUCACCAACAAGAACGGGGGCAUCCGGGAGCCCGAGAUGAGACUGCCUGCCAUUCUCCCAAGCCUGAUUACGACGCCCUUGGCCCUGGUGCUGUACGGCGUGGGCAUCCAGAAGCAGCUGCACUGGAUCUGCCCGACCGUUGGACUGGGACUAUUGAACUUCUCAAUUGUACAGGCCACAAAUAUCGUACUUGUCUACGUUAUCGAUGCUUACCGCCCCGUUGCUGGUGAGGUCACCUUGGCUGUCAUGGGUUUCAAAUCCCUCUUCGGCUUCCUGCUCUCGUUCUACACGAACCCGUGGGUCGAACAGUCUGGAUACCUCAACGCCUACGGCGCGAUGGCCGGCAUCGCCGCCGCCAUCCUCAUCCUCUGGGUGCCGCUGUACGUAUGGGGCCGGCAUGUCCGCCACGUCACCUGGUCGUGGCCUGUGAUUUCCUAUGUCCACUGGAGUGAGGACCGCGAGGUUGGCGAGUGA